AAGGUUAUUGCAUUACAUACUCUUUUAUUAACCUUGUUUUUUUUUCUUAUUUUAGUAGGUUAAACACCUGUAGAAGAGAUAUAGUGUUGUUGUACCUUUCUUUAAUUAGUAACUAUUGGCUCUCCACAUAUUUCUUAUUGCCCACAAAGGUUAUUGGAUAGCACUUUUUUUUUUCUAGACUAAUUUUCCUAAAUGCGCCCUCCUUGAAAUUUAGUUUAUAUUGUGUCUUAUUUGCACCACCUAAAGAAAAACAACCUGAGAUGUUCAGGAAUUUGACCUUUCACUUAUACAAUUAACUAUAUAAAUGUCUGAAGAGGCCAAAUCUGAACAGCUGUACAAGCGUCGAAGAUAUGAAAAUAAUGUGGUUUGGCGUGCAAAGAUAAAAGAGAAAACAAUGUUUACAUGUGAAUACAAGGAAUGUAAAAAGCAAUUUGACAAACAGUAUAAUUACAAACGUCAUUUAAAAACUCACGAGAAUAAAGAAUCUCCAACAAUAAUACAAGCUAAUACUAUUAAUAAACAAACGCCAAAUGGUGAAGCUAAUCAUAACCUUUUACCGGCUCUUAAAGUGAAUACUACUCAAAACCAACAGCAGCCAAUAGUACAUAAAUUUACUUCAAAUGCCCCUAUGAAUAAAACAGUACAAGCUAUAUCUAAUCUUAUAAAUGAUGAGCAACCUAUUAAUGAUGAAACGCUUAUUGAAAAUGAUGACUGGAAAGAGCCUCUUAUAGAAACAGCAAAGAGAAUGAAAAAGAAUAUUACAGAAAGAGAGGAAGAACUUAAGAAAUUACGCGCAAAAUUGAGAACAGUUGAACAAAUUCUUGCUUCUGAUUCAUGAAAUUAGCUCAAGUAUAUAAACAAGAAAAUAUAUACCCUGAUUUUUUGCUUAACAAUUAUGACUUUUCAUUUAAAAGUAAAUAAACAUGAUUAAUAGAUAAGAAGAAAAAGAAAGAAAGGAGAAGAAGUGAAGGAAGUUCGCUUUGGAAAAGAUCACUUUUUUCCUUUUUUUUUUGUAUGCAUCUACUCCAUUAAAUUUUGAAAUCUG